AUAUAUAUAUAAUCAGAAACUCAGCAGACGACAUCGACCUCCUGAGUCCCAAUUUACGAACCUCCACCUACAAUCUAUCUCCGUAAACCCUAAAUUCCACCACCAGAUGAUUUCUCUCUCCUCUCUCCUCUCUCCGACAAUAUUCAGCAUUGUAAUGCAAUGGAGUCGAUGAUCGAACUCUGCGAUCUGAUCGCACAAAAUCCUUCGCAAUUUGCUGAUAAAUUGGCUUGGAUUUGUGGACGAUGUCCACCAAUUGACUCUUCGUUUGUAAGCGAUUCAAUUGCUUCGUACGAUUUCUUGAGUUACAUGAAUAAAGCCAGUGAAUUGUCCUCGGAUUUUGCAAUGGCCGUUGCGGAGUAUACGGUAGAGAUUGUGAUGUCAGCGGUUAACAAUGUCAGUGGAGAUUUGGGGUUCACCGAGGAGCUAGAUUCGACAACUCCUGAAGCGUCAUCGUCUUUUUUGGGUCGAUUCCGUAUUCUAUUGCCCAAUCUUUUUUGCCACAGUCGUUUGGAAGCGAUUCAAUCUUUUGAUUUCCUGAGUUAUGUGAGUGAAGCCAGUGAGUUGUCCUCGGAUUUUGCCAUGGCCGUUGCGGAGUAUACGGGAGAGAUUGUGAUGUCGGCGAUUAACAAUGCCGGUGGAGAUUUGGGGGUUUCUCUGUCGCAGAAUUUUCAUCCAAUUCUUCUUUCUAAUGCAAACAGAUUAGUGUCCACUCUUCUAGAUCGAUUUGAAAUUUCGGUUCCUAGUUCACCGAGGGAGCUAGUUUCGAUAACACCUGAAGCGUCAUCGCCUCAGUGUUUGCCACUCAGUGCGAACCAUUAUCAAUCAAAUGAGAGAAACAGUCCAGGAAACGAGGUCAGCAAUGCCUCUGGUUCUUCUAGCGGUGACCCUUCAAGGGUUACAGAUGAGGCGACCAGUGCAUUGUGGUCGAAAGGAUUGGUGAUGAAAGGGGGCAGCCUUGCGUGGAAGAGCAAUGUGGAUAUAUUUGGGGCUGAUAUUGGGUUCAAUGAUGAAGGACGAGGCGGUUCCGCAACGUACAAGCGAGUGGUAGCCUCUUUUGAGGAAGAGCCUGUGGAGAGCCUUCAACAACAGGAGAUUGCUUUCAAGCUGAUUGGGCACAUAUUGGAUAAAGUCCAGAUUGAUCUUAAGCUUUUGUAA